AUGGUUUUCUCUACAAGGUUAACGCCGUACACUGCGACCCUUGGAGGGUUGAGCGGCUUCCCGCUGCAGAUGGCUGUUGCAUCUAUCGCAACAUGUGCAUUCUGGCUAUUCGGAUACGACAUGAGUGUCAUGGGCGGCGUCAUUACAGAGGAACCCUUCCUCUCCGUCUUUCCCGAAACGAAGAAUGCAAAUGUCCAGGGUAUCAUCAUCGCGCUGCUGGAGCUCGGUGCGCUGAUUGGGUCCAUCCUUUGCAUGCUCUACGCAGACCGACUGGGCCGACGUGCGACCGUCUGGAUUGGAAUGGGCUUUAUGGUCGUGGGCGGCGUCCUACAAACGUCUGCUUGGCAUGUCGCGCAGCUGGGCGUGGGCCGCGUCUUGUCAGGGAUCGGUCUGGGGCUUCAAAUAGCGACAGUCCCGACAUGGCAGAGCGAAUGCGCGAAACCAAAGACGCGAGGCCGAUGGGUGAUGAUCGAAGGAGGACUGCAGACGAGCGGAGUGGCCUGCGGGCAAUGGGUAGGCUACGGUUUCUUCUUUGCCAAAGGUCAGACGCAGUGGCGGGGACCGGUUGGCAUUCAGCUGAUCCCGGCCUUGAUCGUCUUCUGCUUCAUCAUGUUCCUGCCAGAAUCCCCCCGCUGGCUCAUCAAGCAUGGGAUGCUGGCCGAAGGCAGCUACAACCUCGCGAAGCUGCGUGGCCUGCCGGAAGACCACCCGCUGCUAGUGGAAGAGCGAGAGGCCAUUAUCGCUUCGUUUGAGGCCCAGAAGUCCGAAGCUCCUUUCUCCUACAAGGAGCUUUUCCAGAACGGCCAGACACAAACGUUUCGCCGCGUGUGCCUGGCCUUCUUUAUUCAGGCUGCGCAGCAGCUUUCAGGCAUAAACCUGGUGUCGACCUAUGCGAACCAGAUCCUGAGUGACAGCUUCGACCUGGAUGCAGGCAUGUCGCAUCUGAUUGCUGCAUGCGGCGGGGCGGAAUACGCCAUCUGCUCUCUGCUGUCGGUUCUCUUGAUCGAAGGCCUUGGUCGUCGACGAGCGUUCCUGAUCACGGUCACGGGCAUGACGGCCUGCUUCAUCGUGAUCCCGAUCCUCCUAUCGACGGGUUCGCGGCCGAACCAGCUGGCCGCGGCGGGGUUAUUGUUUCUCUACAACACGUUCUUCGGUCUGGCAUGGGUGGGCGGGCCGUUUCUGUACUCCGCGGAAAUCGCGCCGCUGCGAUGCCGGGCGCAGAUCAACGGGAUCGCCGCGGCAGCAAACUGGCUUUUCUGCUUCGUGGUGGUGAUGACGAUCCCGCCAGCCUUCGCGAACAUCGCCUGGAAGACGUACAUCAUCUAUGCGGUCUUCAACGCGUGUUUCAUCCCGAUCAUCUAUUUCUUCCUCGUGGAGACGAAGCAGCGAUCUCUGGAGGAGCUGGACGUCAUCUUCGCGACGCCGGGCGACCCCGUCAAGAACGAGAAGCGCAUGCCACGGAAUAUCACGGCGGCAGAGGCUCGGGAGGCUCUUGGUCUGGAGACGCAUGAAUAUGGAGAGAAGGCAGCGCCGGAUGAGCAGCAAGUUGAGACGGCUGUGUCUGUUACUGACAAAAACAAUUAA